CAGCCGGAGAUGGAGUGGAAACUGGAGCGCACAGUCCUGCGGAGGGUCCGGACCGAAGAGGAGAUGCUGUGGGAGAAUGUCAUGCGGGUGCUCGCCAAAGACAUGAAGCAGAAGAAAAGCCAAGGUCCCCCCAAGGUAUUUGAUGCAGUUAAUACUACAUAUUCUAACUUUAAGAGCAACUUUGUGAAGAGGCUGUCAGCUGAGGUUCCCGUUGCCAGUAGUCCAAUUACCACAAGAGGGCGGCAAAGUCAAGCCAAUGAUUUUGAAGCCUGUUCCUUUGGGGAAGAGUGUUCGCCCAGUCACCUCCCAGAAUUUUCUGGAUCAGUGCUGAAGAUAACGCCUGAGAAAGAGACCUUGACUCUAGGGUCCUACGGAGAACCACUGAAGACCCCCAUGAAAGGAAGUUCUGAAACAAACAACGCUGCUCUCCAUUUUUGCAAGGCACUUCAUGCACUGGACAGAGGCUGGCAGGAAGAUGUUGCCUCAACAGGCCAGAAAUGCCUAAACCAGCUAUUUUCAACCCAGAAGAUGGUUCAGCAGGUUAAUGGGAAAAUGCAGCUCUGUGAGCAAUCCCAGUGUGUUUGGAAAGGCUGCAGAGAUGGAGUGAGAGAUGAAUCCUUCUAUCUUAAAAGGUUCAGUGACACAAACCAUUCCAUAUUCCAACAAGAGGUGAAGAUUCAUCUUACUAGUCUUCGAAAUGACUACU